AUGGUACAGUCCAAGAUCAAUGCAGUCAACAUCAGCAAUAAACAAUACCAGCUGGGCUGGGAAAAGGCAAAGAAGAAGGGCUAUGAUUUAAGAGCAGAUGCUAUUCCAAUCAAGUCUGCCAGAGCAUCAAGAGACAUCGCUAGUGAUUACAAAUACAAGAUUGGAUAUCGCAAGCAGCAAGGACAUCAUGUUGGCUUUAGAAGCAUAAAGGACGAUCCUAAGUUGGUGUGGGCCUUACAUGUUGCUAAAAUCCAGAGUGACCGGGUGUACAAGAAGGAAUUUGAGAAACAAAAGACCCAUUAUCAAACUCCUGUUGAAAUGCUCUCAGUGCUUCUGGCCAAGAACUGCCAGAAAUUAGUUAGCGACAUUAACUACCGCCACUACCUCCACCAAUGGACAUGUUUGCCAGACCAGAAUGAUGUUAUCCAGGCCAAGAAAGCCUAUGACUUGCGCAGUGAUUGGAUAUACAAGUCUGACUUGGAAUGGAUUCGUGGUUGCGGCUGGAUUCCUAAUGGCUCUCUGGAGGUGAACAAAGUGAAGAAAGCUCAGGAGAUCCUAAGUGAACGCCACUAUCGCCAGGCUCCUGACUCCAUUAAAUUCACCAGCAUUGUUGAUGCUCCAGGAAUCCUUCUAGCCAAAACCAAUGCUCUCCAGAUUAGUGAUCGGGUGUAUAGAGAUGCAUGGGAUCAUGAAAAGACUAAGUUCAGCCUCCCAGCAGACACUCCAGGGAUGGUACAGUCCAAAGUCAACGCUGUCAACGUCAGUGAAAAACUCUACAGGAAAGAUUGGGAUAAAACCAAAAUGAAUUAUGACUUAAGAGCAGAUGCCAUCCCUGUUCGCAGCGCUCGGGCUUCAAGAGACAUUGCUAGUAACUACAAAUACAAGACUGCAUAUGAGAAGCAGAGAGGUCACUACAUUGGGACCAAAACUGCCAAGGAUGAUCCUAAACUGAUGUGGUUGAUCCACUCUGGUAAACUCCCAAUUGACAGGAUCUACAAAAAAGAUUAUGAAAAGACCAAGACCAAGGUUCACAUACCAGCGGAUGCAGUGUCCAUCCAAACUGCCAAACAAGUCCAGGCAGCUGCCAGUGAAAUUGACUACCGUCAUUACCUGCACCAAUGGACCUGUCACCCUGACCAGAAUGAUUGUAUUCAGGCUAGGAAAGCCUAUGAUUUGCAGAGUGAUGCCAUCUACAAGUCUGAUCUGGAAUGGAUCCGCGGGUGUGGCUGGUUCCCUAACGACUCGGUGGAAGUUAAGAAAGUGAAGAAUGCCCAAGACAUCUUAAGCGAACGUCAUUAUCGCCAGCCGGCCAGCAACAAUAAAUUUACCAGCAUCGUGGACCCUCCAGCUAUUGUCCUGGCAAAGACCAAUGCUGACCAGAUCAGCUCUUCCAAAUACAAAGAAGCUUGGGAACAAGACAAGAGAACCAUUCAUGUUAUGCCAGACACACCUGAGAUUAUGUUGUCAAGGGCCAAUGCUGCUAAUGUCAGCAAUAAAUUGUACAGAGAUAGCUGGGAUAAAGUGAAGAUGAUCUACGACAUUAAAGCUGAUGCUAUAUCCAUCAAGGCAGCUAAGGCCUCUAGAGAGAUUGCAAGUGAUUACAAAUACAAGUUGACCCACGAGAAGCAGAAAGGUCACUACAUUGGAACACCCACAGCUCAUGAUGACAACAAAUUGGCUUGGUACAUGAAGGCAUCUAAGCUUCCCAGUGACCUUAUAUACAAGAAAAACUUUGAGAAGACAAAGACAAAAGUGAACCUGCCUGUAGAUAUGGUCUCGGUUGUUGCUGCUAAGUUGUGCCAGAAACUGGUCAGUGAAAUUGACUACCGCCAUUAUCUGCACCAAUGGACAUGCCUACCAGAUCAGAAUGAUGUCAUCCAGGCUAGGAAAGCCUAUAAUCUUCAGAGUGAUGCAAUCUACAAGUCAGAUCUUGAGUGGCUUCGUGGUAUCGGAUGGAUGCCAAAUGAAUCACAUGAUGUCAAGAAGGCUAAGUUUGCACAGGACAUCUUGAGCGAUAGGAAGUAUAAAACCAAACCUGAAACUCUCAGCUUUACUGCAGUCGCUGACAGAGUGGAUUAUGUCACUGCCAAACAAGCUGCAGAUAUUCGCAGUGAUAUUAAAUAUCAGGAAGCAUGGAACAACAUUAAGACAAAGUACUCUGUUGUGAAUGACUCCCCUCUGCUGCUAACAGCAAAAGAGGCAGCCAAGAAUGUCAACGAUAAACUCUACAGAUCAGGCUGGGACAAUAUCAAAGCCACCGGGUACUUUAUGCCACAUGAUGCUGUUCAAAUAUCCCAUGCCAAAAAGAGUGGUAUUGCCCAGAGUGAGAUUAAAUACAAAGCUGACUACAUCAAACAACGAGGCCACUAUGUUGGAGUUCCUAAUGCAAAUGCUGAUCCUAAGCUUAAGUGGUUCAAGCAUGUCAACAUUAUUCAGAAUGACAGAGAAUACAAGAAGCUGUAUGAAAAGUUGAAGUCCAAGAUUCAUAUCCCUGCUGACAUGGUACAUCUGGAACAAGCCAAAAUUGGACAGGGCUUGGCCAGUGAUAUUGAUUACCGCACCUAUCUUCACAAAUGGACAUGCCACCCUGACCAGAAUGACUGCAUACAGGCCAGGAAGGCCUAUGACCUACAGAGUGAUGCCGUAUACAAAGCUGACCUGGAAUGGAUUCGUGGUUGUGGAUGGGUUCCUCUGGAUUCUGUGGAGCACCAUAAAGUGAGGAAGGCUCAACAGCUGAUUAACCAGAGAGCCUACAAAAAGGAUGCCAUUGACAACUUUGAAAAGUUCAGCCAUGUGGUUGAUACACCUGAAAUCGUGCUUGCCAAGGCCAAUGCCAUCAACCAAAGUGAUCUGAGAUACAAAGAAACCUUUAACGCUGAAAAAGGCCACUACAUCGGUGCUGCUGAAACACCUCAGAUCACCCACUCCAAAGAGAUGGCCAUACUUGCCAGUGAUAAACUGUACAAAGACUCAUGGGAUAGCACCAAAGCUGUGGGUUACCAACUGGAUGAAAAGUACAUUCCUAUUGUUGGAGCCAAACACUCAAAACUUGUUUCAAGUGAUCUGAAAUACAAAGAACAUUAUGAAAAAGAAAAGGGACACUACCUUGCAGGCACCAAGAUUGACGACUUCCCAAGUGUUGUGCGUUCAUUAGAAUUCCAGAAGAUGAGGAGUAUGCUGCCCUACAAGAAGAAUUAUGAGGACAAUAAAACAAAGAUUCAUAUUCCAAAUGACAUGAUAAACAACGUUGUUGCAAAAAGAUGCCAGCAGAUCCUGAGUGACAUUGAAUACCGCCGCUAUCUCCACGAAUGGACAUGCCUACCAGAUCAGCAGGGUAACAUCCGCGCCAAAAAAGCCAAUGAGAUUUUGAGUGAUGUUUUGUAUAAAGAAGAUCUUACCUGGCUGAAGGGCAUUGGAUGCUAUGUGUGGGACACACCAGAAAUCUUGCUUGCGAAGAAGUCAUAUGAUCUUCAGAGUCAAAUGAAAUACCAGAAAGCAAGCAAGGACAAUUACAAGAACUUUAGCGUUGUUACUGAUACUCCUGUGUAUGUCACAGCUGUCCAGAGUGCCCUCAAUGCCAGCGAUCGUAAGUACAAAGAGGACUAUGAGAAGACCAAGGAUAAAUACACAACUGUUCUGGAGACUGUAGACUACAACCGCAGUCAGAACCUGAAGGAUCUCUUCAGCCAUAACCUGUACAAACAAGCCUGGGAUACUAUCAAAGCCACCAGCUACCAGCUUCCUGCAGACACAGUGGCCUUGUCAUUUGCUAAGCAAAACAAACACAUUGCCAGUGCUCUGAAGUACCGUGAGGAAUAUGAGAAGUUUAAAGCACUUUAUACCUUGCCAAAGGGUAUCCAAGAUGAUCCAGGCACAGCAAGAUGUCUCAGAGUUGUUGAAAACUCCCUCUGGAUCGUUUGUACAGAGAGACCUAUGAAAAGAACAAAGCUAAGAUCCACAUCGCUCCUGACAUGUUGGAAAUUGUUGCUGCCCGGGAAACACAACAUAAAGUCAGUGAAAUUGAAUACAGAAAAUAUCUCCAUGAAUGGAUCUGCCUGCCUGACCUUCAACUCUACGUCCAUGCCCGCAAAGUCAAUGAACAGCUGAGUGAUAUUGUGUACAAGGAUGACCUGAACUGGUUGAAAGGAGUGGGCUGCUUCGUUUGGGAUACACCUGAGAUCCUGCAUGCCAAGCAUGCAUAUGACCUUCGCAGUGAUUACAAAUACAAAGCUAAAGCUGAAGAGUUGAAGAAGACGUUCACCUCAGUGGUGGAUACUCCAGUCUACGUCCAGGCUGUGACCAGUGGCAAACAAAGCAGCGAUGUUGUGUAUCACACUGACUAUGCGAAGAAUAUUAGAGGAAAAGUUACUUCAAGCACCAACACAGUUGAACUGGACAGAGCCAGCAAUGCCAACAAGAUACGCAGUGAUGCUCUGUAUCGGGAGGCCAGCGUCAAAUCUCUUCCCACAGGUUAUAGUCUUCCAAAGGACACGCCAUCUAUUGUACAAGCCAAAAAAGCUCAGAUCAUUAGCAGCGAUCUGAAGUACAAAGAACUCUAUGAACAUGUGAAGGCUAAAUCCUAUACCCUGCCUCCAGAUAAUGUUAGCCUUGUCAACAUCCAGAAAGUCAAUGGCAUCCUUAAUGAGCGGCUUUACCGUCAGUUGUAUCACAAGCAGAAGGAUAAAAUACACACAACUCCAGAUACUCCAGAGAUCCGCCAAGUCAAAGCUACACAGGAUGCCAUUAGUGAUCUGGUGUACAAAUCUGACUAUUUCAAAUUGCAAGGUCACAUGAUCUCCAUGCCAUACACCCAACAGACUAUGCAUUGCCGCUAUGUUGGAGAGAUAACCAGUGAUAAUAAGUACAAGGAAGACUUGCAGUGGCUGAAAGGUCUUGGAUGCUUCCUAUAUGACACCCCAGAUAUGGUGCGGGCUCGUGACCUGCGCAAACUCUGGUCUCACUAUCAGUACACACCACACCUGCCAAGAAAAUGUGGGACAAAUACAGUGUGGUAAUGGACACCCCAGAAAUACAGGACUGUUCAGGAACUAAAGACACAUCUGAGUGAGAAUGUAUACAGAGCUGAUGGCAACAAGCAGAAGACAGUAUACACCACCGUACUAGACACUCCUGACUUUGUUAGAGCAAAGAAAGGACAAGAAAUGCAGAGCAAGUACUUAUACACAGAGGUUGCAACAAAAGAGAGACCCCAUCACCAUGCUGAUGGACAAACACCAGAAAUCAAACUUGCUAAACACGUCAAGGACCUGGUCAGCGAGAAAAAAUACAAAUCUCAAUACGAGAAACUGAAGCACAAAUAUACUACUGUGCCUGACACUCCAAUUAUUCUGAGAGCCAAGAAGGCCUACUUAAAUGCUAGCGAUCUUCGCUACAAAGAAACAUUUGAGAAAGCCAAGGGUAAAUACCACACAGUGAAAGAUGCCCUGGAUGUCAUCUACCACCGCAAAGUCACCGAUGACAUCAGCAAUGUUAAAUAUAAAGAGAAAUAUGUGAGCCAGCUGGGUAUCUGGAGGGCCAUUCCAGACCACCCUGAGUACUUCCAUCACCGUGCAGUGACAGAUUCCAUUAGUGACUUCAAGUACAAAGAGGACUUGACAUGGCUGAAGGGCAUCGGUUGUUACGCGUGGGACACACCUGACUUAACUCUGGCUGGACAAAACAAACAACUCUACAGUGGAUACAAGUACCGCGAGUCUUUUGAAAAGAUAAAAUCCAAAUUCAAGUACACAGCGGAUACUCCUCUGUUCAAUCACUUCAAGUAUGCCACCCAACUGGCAAAUGAGAAAUUAUACAAAGCUGCCCAUGAGAAAGGAGAAAACGCACUACAGCGUUGUUGUGGAUGACCCCCGACACCUUCUGGCUAAAACUGCCAGUGAACAGAUUAGCCAGUGGAAGUACAAAGAGCUCUAUGAGAAGGAGAAGGACAAAUACACAACUGUGAUUGACACACCAGAGCACAACCGGGCUCAGAGGGCCGGAAAACAGAUCAGUGAGAUCAUUUACAAAAUGGAUUGGAACAAGGCUAAAGCCAAAUCUUACACCACAAUCCAUGAUACCCCAGCACUGCUCCAUGCACGGAAAGUAAAGGACAAGAUCAGUGAGCUGAAAUACAAAGAACUCUAUGAGAAGAGCAGAGGACACUGCACCAUGGUGCCAGAUGCUCUCCCUAUCAAGACAGCCAAAGAUGCCUACAAAUCCAUCAGCAAUCUGGAUUAUAAGAGGAAAUAUGAGGCCACCAAGGCUCAUUGGCAGUGGACUAUGGAUAGACCAGACUUCUUGCAGAAUGCAAAGUCUUCUCUACAGCAGAGUGAUUAUGAAUACAAACUGGACAGAGAAUUCCUAAAAGGAUGCAAGCUGUCUGUUACAGAUGACAAAGACACUGUCCUGGCCCUGAAGAAUAAUGAAAUGAAUAGCAAUGUGAAAUACAAGAAGAAGUAUGAUAGAGGAACGUACCAAGGAGAAUUUGGAAUUGUUCCAGAUACACCUCAGAUCAUUCAUGCUAAAUCUGUCAGUGCUCUUGUAUCUGAGAACAAAUACAAAGAGGAUGGAAAGAGGCAGCUGCCACACGGUACAUUUACGACUCUUCCUGAGACCCGUGAUACAGUUCACGUUAAAGAAGUGACUAAGAUUGUUAGUGAGAAACAAUACAAACAAAAGUUUCAAAAGGAGAAAGGCAAGUCCAACUAUGCCAUCAUGCAGGAACCACCCGAGGUGAAGCACGCAAUUGAGGUGGCCAAGGCCCAAAGCAAUGUUGCUUACAGGAAAGCGGCAAAGGCUAACCUUAACUACACAACUACUAUUGACAGACCUGAUAUUCUGAAGGCAACUCAUGUGUCUAAACUAGUCAGUGAUAUUCAGUACAAAGCUAAGGCCCGUGAAGAAGCUGGCCGUGGUAUCUCUGGUCUUGGACGACCAGAUAUUGAACUGGCUCAGGAAGUGUCCAAACUUACAAGCCAGGCUGAGUAUGCCAAAGGAAAGCUGUGGGGACAUGGAGCAGCAUCUUAUGACACCCCCAUCAUGAGGACACUUAAGAAAGCUAAUGAUCUCACUAGUAAUAUAAAAUACAGGGAACAGUUUUCAAAAGACAAAGGAAAGAAACCACAAUAUGAUCUCAAGGAAGCCAAAAUUUAUGAAACCUUGAAAGAAGCAAACACUCUUGCUAGCGAGGUGAAAUAUAAGGCAGAUCUUAAGAAGCUUCACAAACCGGUUACUGACAUGGCGGAAUCUCUCAAUAUGCAGCACAUUACCGGCACAAGCAAGCUAGCCAGUGAUUACCAGUACAAGAAGGAAUUUGAGAAGAAUAAGGGUCACUACCAAGUGGUGCCUGAUACACUUGAACAAGUUCAUGUAAAGGAGGCAACAGAACUACAGAGCAUAGUUAAAUACAAAGAGAAAUAUGAAAAAGAGAAAGGAAAAGCUAUGCUGGACUUUGAAACUCCAACCUAUGUCACAGCUAAAGAGGCUCAGCAUUUGCAAAGUGAGAAAGAAUAUAAGAAAGACUUGGAAGAAUGUAUUAAGGGCAGAAACCUUUCUGGUUUGGAGGUUACGCCAUCAAUGUUACAUGUCAGAUAUGCUACAAAAAUAGCAAGCGAGAAAGUGUACAGGAAGGAUCUGGAUGACACUAUCAAAGGACGAGGCCUGACAGUGCUGGAGGAGACUCCAGAACUUCUAAGAGCCAAGAAUGCCACACAAAUCUUAAAUGAGAAAGAGUAUAAGAAAACACUGGAACUGGAAAUUAAAGGAAAAGGUCUAUCACUGGGGUUAGAAACUCCAGACUUCCAGAGAGCAAAGAAUGCUACCGACAUUGCCAGUCAGGUAAAAUACAAACAAUCUGCGGAAAUGGAAAAGGCCAGUUAUACAACUGUUGUAGAUACACCAGAGAUUAUCCACGCUCAGCAAGUCAAAAAUCUUUCCAGCCAUAAAAAAUACAAAGAGGAGGCAGAAAGAACCAUGUCCUAUUAUGUACCUGUACUAGACACACCUGAAAUGCAGAGAGUCCGCGAGAACCAGAAGAACUUUAGCACUCUACAGUACCAGGGUGACCUUAAACAAAUUAAAGGAAAAGUCACAGUGGUUAAAGACACGCCAGAAAUUCUGCGUGUUAAAGAAAAUCAAAAGAAUUUCAGCUCGAUACUGUACAAAGAUGAAGUUGGAACAGGAAUACCUAUUGGGCACACCCCAGAGAUGGAGAGAAUUAAAAGAACACAGGAUGCCAUUAGCACGAUAAAAUACAAGGAAAGUGUUGGACAAGGUACUCCAAUUCCUGACCUUCCGGAAGUGAAACGCGUAAAGGAGACACAGAAGAACAUCAGCUCGGUUUUGUACAAGGAAAGCUUGGGGCAAGGCACCCCGACACCUGUGACUCCAGAAAUGGAGAGGGUCAAACGCAACCAAGAGAACAUUAGCAUGGUGACAUAUAAAGAAAAUUUGGGAAAAGCCACACCAACACCUGUAACCCCUGAGAUGGAGCGUGUUAAACGCAACCAAGAAAAUAUUAGCUCGGUUCUAUAUUCUGACCAGUUCCGUAAGCAGAUACAAGGCAGAGCUGCCUACGUAAUGGAUACACCUGAAAUGAGACGCGUUCGUGAAACUCAGCGCCAUAUCUCAGCGGUGAGGUACCACGAAGAUUUUGAAAAACAGAAGGGAAGUUUCACUCCUGUGGUCACAGACCCAAUAACAGAAAGAGUGAAAAGAAACACCAUCGACUUCAGUGACAUUAACUACAGAGGAAUCCAGAGGAAGGUUGUGGAAAUUGAGCGCAAGAGAAGUGAACAGGAUCAAGAUGUCACAGAUCUUAGAGUGUGGCGUACAAAUCCUGGAUCUGUCUUUGACUAUGACCCAGCUGAAGAUAACAUACAAUCAAGAAGCUUACACAUGCUUUCUGUUCAAGCCCGUCGAAGCCGUGAGCACUCCCGGUCUGCUAGUGCGCUUAGCUUGAGUGCUGGGGAUGAAAAGUCAGAACUUUCUGAGGCUGCUGACCAACACCAUUCCUACUAUAGCAAUGGAGGUCUGUUUACCACCACUGUAACAGGCCACAAGGAAAGUACACAAAUACUGUUUUACCAAGGAUACAAGCAAGCAAAAACUACUGAGCUUCCACAACAAAGGUCUUCUUCUGUAGCAACUCAACAAACAACUGCCUCCUCCGUGCCAUCACACCCAUCCACAACUGGAAAAACGUUCAGAGCCAUGUAUGACUAUCGGGCAGCAGAUGAUGAUGAAGUCUCUUUCAAGGAUGGAGACACCAUUGUGAACGUUCAGACCAUAGAUGAAGGAUGGAUGUACGGGACAGUUCAGAGAACUGGCCAGACUGGCAUGCUACCAGCUAACUAUUUGGAAACCAUGUAA